AUCUUUUAUGCUCUUCCAAUCACGUCUGUAAACCGGGUAACAUACUCAACGAACCUUAUAACUAUCAUGGGAUUUCUGAAGAAAUUCUUUUCGAUUGGGAGCAAGAAGUCAAAGAGACAAGAAUUGGCGCAUCAUGAUCUUGAAUCCCUGCCCUCAAUUCCCAAGCACCUGCAGCCGACGCGAGAGGAAGAUGCCGAGGCAGCGGUAAGCCGACUGCUGCGCUCCUCUUCUGCGCGUUUUCCUGUUGAAUCAGGUUCGAAUUAUGCAUCACUUCCACCUCUCCCGCAUCCAAUUAACGAUGUUCUUCCGCCACCGAAUGCAUCUACGGCUACCCUCGGCAGUGUUUCCAAACGCAGCUCUUACACAGUAACUGUACACGGUCGCACAGUUCACAGCCGCACUGAGUUCCCGAAUGCAUACCCUCCCAUGGACAGUUUUGCAACUCCGAGACGGAAUUUAAACGACUCUCCACGACGCCGCUCUAAAAGCGUACCCAUCACCCCCCGCGAUCAGAACCGUCUUCUUCGUCUUCGCCAGGACCCAUCCGUCGCUAGCUUGCUCAAUGUUUAUGAUGAUAAUGGAUGCCUAGACUCUCACGUAUUCUCCAAUACCCCACCUGUCGCAGGAGGCGGGGGACCUCUGCGAAGACGUCGCACUGGCUCAACCUUUCGACAGCUAUUGACCAACCCGUCUAGUCCCGAGCUCUACGACAACAGUGAUAUUGAAUGGGCUGAGAGUGUCCUAUGUGAAACAAAUGAUAAUUCUUGUGCAUCUUCUCUCGAACUCAAAACACCUCGUGAUCCCCUUUUCAUGUCCUCCCAUCUCAACCACGCUCACCACAACAUCACACUCUCUACCGAAGGCGACACCUCUGUACCAAAUCAACCCACAUUCUCCUCUCUUGAUGUGGAGCUCAGCGCCUCCACUGAAAUUACGCGUCACGUCAAUUCACCUUAUGGGAAUCCAAUGUCUCACCAACGUGCAUCACAGAUAUUUGGGUUUCUUGCUGAGAAGAAAAAGAUUUCUGAAGAGCGCCCCUCGAAGUUGCCGACACGAAAAGUUACUCCUCCCUUGCACAUCAUGCUGGAUCUCGCAUCCAACAACGUUCAACCAUCUCUCAGCGAUACCCAAUCACCCGAAUCCACCCAUGCCGAAACUACUUCACAGCUCGUAUUUCCCUCUUCACAAUUUAUGCAUGCUGCACCAGCUCUAGAUGAGUUACCGCAUCACAUUGUACACUCAGAGUCCGAACCCGUCAUUAUCAACCAUACUGGCCGGAGUAGUAGCAGUGGACAAAGCAGUCAAGGUCCUCGCGGCCCACGUGCUUUUACCAAGAUACCCUCGCGGUCCAAGUCGAACCCCAGCCCGUGGCUGCAGGAUGAUCUGCAACCAUUACCAGGCAUCAAGGCUGAAGGCACUUCUUCUAGACCUGCUUUUGGAGAGAAAUUAAAUGAGGAUGUUAGAUAUCCGGGCUUCACUGUCGUCGUCAGCGGAGACACAUCCUCUUUAAUCCCUGCAUCCUCACGUCCGCGCUCAUCUCAGCGCUCCAAAAUUAUUGAUCGCAAUCAUAAUAGCCAGGUUCCUAUCUUUGCACGAAACGGAUCGCUACUUGAUGCUUUCGCAAGUGUGCCAUCUCUUGCAAAGGAUAAAUCUCAAGUCGAGGUUUCUUCAUCUGCUCAUAUGCCUUGGCACGAUAAAGAGAACGACGUGGUAUUUCAGCUUCCCCAACCAAAGACACCCCUGCGACCCCUUGGUUUCCGUCCACCGUACUUGCAGGAUAAACCCUCGCCUGCAUCAUCCUCGGAGUUAUCCCCCACGGGGAAGCAAAUUAUGACGAAUUUACGAUACCAGCGGAUGCAGGCACGUCAGAAGGAACGACAGACGGGUCGCUUGGGAAGCAGUCACAGUCGUAUUCGGUAUUGAUGUUUUCUGUUUUGUUUUGCAUCGUGUUAUCUUUGUUUUUCAAAGCUUUGAUGUGGUUUCGCUUUUGUCUGGACUCUGUAGUGGUCGUGAUAUAUAUACCUCAUUAUGAAUCUCUGAAUCUCACAAGAAUAUUUGUGUAUACAAGUAAAUCCACG